CGCAGCAGCGCCCCCUCCGGGCGCCCCCUGCCCGCCUUGCGCCAGCCCCCAGAAGAUGAAUGCCAGCCCCCAGGAAGCUCUGAUCUCCGUCUUUCUGCAGUUCAUCGAGGCCCGGGGCUGCUGGUCCUACGGGGCGCUGAGCCAGACGUGCCAUCCCCAAGAGCUGCUGCUGCAGAACGAGAUGAACCUUCUCUACCGGAAGAGCGGAAAGGUGGAGUGGAAGCAGGGCAAGGACGAGGAGCCCAAGAGGGGUUCGACCAAGGAGACGAGCGUGGGCAAGGUGCGCGACGUGGCCUCCUUUCGUCGGCAUUUCAGGAUGGGGUUCAUGACCAUGCCAGCCUCACAGGAACACGCCCCACACCCUUGUGCCAGCAGCAUGGCACCCCGCUCCCUCUCGUGCCAUUCUGUGGGCAGCGUGGACAGCAGUUCAGCGGACGGGGAGGUUGGAUCUCGCAAGCCACCCGCCAAGCCGAAGCGGCACCCCAGCACGAAGCUCAGCACCGAGGCCAGGAGCGCCCUGGAGCUGACGGGAAGCAAGAAAGGAGGUUGCCCGAAGGCGAGCGCGGAGAGCCGAGAAUCAGCUCGCAAGGUGCCCCCGCAGAAACCGAAGCGCAGCCCCAACACCCACUUGUCUGUAUCGUUCGACGAGACCUACUCCGGGCGCCUCCCAGGCCCCGCUCCGGGGGGCGCGGUGCAGCGCUACAGCCGUGCCUUCUCCCACAGCCAGGCCAAGGGCUCCGACGCCGAGGAGGACGAGCCGGUCUACAUCGAGAUGGUAGGGGACAUUUUCCGGGGACCCGGGCCCCCCCCUCAAGUCGCCACUGCUGCAGAUGAGGACUCUGACGAGAGCGAAGCCAUUUAUGAAGAAAUGAAGUACCCGCUCCCCGAAGAAGGGGGGGAGUCCCGCCCCAACGGGGCCCUCACCUCCCCUUGUCACCGGCCGAACAAGAGGGAGGCUGCCAAGGCCGCGCCGAGCACCAAGACCUCGCCGUGUGAGAUCCCACCCCCCUUCCCCAACCUUUUGCAGCACCGGCCCCCCCUUUUGGCCUUCCCCCAAGGCAAGAAGGGAUACAAAGGUGCCGGCCCAGAUGGCUCCAAACUGCCCGUCCCGUGCCAUGCCAAGGAGGCGCCGUCGGCCCCUAUGACCCCCCAGGUCCCUAGCCACCAUCAGCAGCGGGGCGGCGAGAACCCUGCCCUGGCGCCAUCUGGCCGUGCGCGCAGCCACUCCACGCCGCUGCCUCCGCAGCCCACCAGCCAGGGCAAAGCAGAGAAAGAUCUCCCCAUUUCCCACAGUAUGAUCUGCCCCUCCGCAAAGCCACCCCCUGCCCCGGCACCGCCAGCAGCCUCUACCCCUUCCGGGGUGCCAGGGAAAGACAAGCCAACCGUUUCCUACACGAUGGUCUACUCGGCAGUCAAAGUCACAACUCACACGGCCCCCUCUGAGCAAAAGACGGAGAAGGAGAUUUCCGUCCUCCAUGGGAUGUUGUGCGCUCGGCCCUCCGCCAUGCCCUCAUGUAAACAGGUGCAGCGAGCUUGCACGCUCCCCGAGCCACCGCCUCUGGGCAUGGUCUGGACUUACCCGGCGCCCUGUGCGGGGCUGAAGCGCCCGCCGGCCUACGAGAGCAUCAAAGGCAUGGGGGCUAAAGCGUCGUCGGCCGUGAAGAUUCAGCUGCGGGACCGGGCCUUCGCCAGCAUCGCCUGCUCCCAGGCCGUGUCCGGCGACGACUGCGGCCGACCGGCGGGAGAGGAGGAGCCCGUUGGCUGGGUGCUGCAGAGGAGAGGGGGCUUUCGGAAGGGGAAGGAGCCCGACAAGGUCACAGACUGCCCCCAGACGUGGGACGGCAGUGAAAGUGCUCAGCCCAAAUUGGACAAGGAAGAGAAAGCUGUGCCGAGCCACCCACAGUCGAACAUCCCAGUCCGUGCGCCCGCACCCGAGUGUCUGGCUGCCAAGAUGCCAGGGGGGAGGACCAACCUGCCUAUUCCCUGCCAGACCUUCCCUGCCUGUCACCGGAACGGAGAUUUUACCGGCGGGUACCUUCUGGGCCGCUCGGCAUCCACCUCAGGCGUCCGACAGGCUGUGAUCCACGCGCAGAGGCCGUGCAGCCAUCCCAGGGACCCGGGCAGCCUGGCCCUGCAGUACACGCAGCUGCCUGGCCCCGAGGCCCUGCAGAGCUCCUCGCGGGAAAGGGACGGAAAGCUGCUGGAAGUCAUUGAGCGCAAGCGGUGCGUCUGCAAGGAGAUCAAAGCGCGGCACCGUCCUGAACGCAGCUUGUGCAAGCAGGAGAGCAUGCCUAUCCUGCCCAGCUGGCGGAGGAGCACGGAAAGCCGCAAGUCCGGAACGCCGCCCUGCCGCCGCCAGCAGACGGUGCUCUGGGACACGGCCAUCUGACCAGGGGAGGGGGCUGAGCCCCAAGAACUGGUGCCUUGUGCUGGCCAAGCAGAACGCGUGGCAGGGCUAACUGCUGGCAGCGUGGCCUCCUGCGGGGGGCCUUCCCGGCCGGGACCAUCCGGAGACUAGGGGCUGCCUGGGGGCCGCCCCUCCUGAGCUGUGGCGGAAGGACGCUUUGGGCGGAAAGGGGCGAGUCGCUAUUUCACGGUUCCCUGGAGAAAAGAGGGCCUGCGGUGGGACAAGCCUGUCGCCGCACUCCGAGGAGCCUCCCCUCCCCUCCACGCCGGGGGUGGCUGCACCUCAGGGGCCGGCGGCGGCAGCAGCCCACCGGAAACGGCGUUGCCCGCAGCAGCGAUGCCGAGCAAUGGGUGCUGCAGGACCAUCUGUGACCGGUCUCGGAGGGCACAGCGGGCAGGGCAGGGCAGGGCAGGGCAGGGGCGGCAGCGGUUCUGUGCAUUGGGCUGAGGGUCCCACCGCUUCUUGGCCAAGAGCUCCUGGGCUGCAGAGGGCCAGAGUGACGGCUCCCCAGUGUUCCUUCCACCUCUGAAAAUGCCCCGGGGAGGAGGGGAUGCCGAUCUCACGGGGAGCCCUGGGUAAGGGGCCUGAAAAUCCGCCCGCCUUUGGAGCAGUUUGGGGGGAAGGGGGGAUCCCAGAACUUGUGGUGCUGAGUUCUUGGUCUGCCAGGACUCCGAGAGAGAGAGCGGGAAAGGGAAGGAGGAGCCGUGAACCGAGGGGCUCCGGCCUUGGUUUUCGUAGCAAAGCUGAAUCACGAAAUCAGCCGUCCCCUUUAUUCUUACCUCGAACCGUGCCUGUGGCCGGCUCUCUAAAAAGAGCAAAGCAUCGGCCCACGAAGCCACAUGCAGCAGAACAAGCCAAACACCGCCGCCUCUAGCCCCGCAAGGAAAUAAUAAGACGCAAUUUUCCAAACCAUCAAAAUAAAUGGAAAAGAAAUUGGGGGGUUGGGGGGUGAAUACGUUCCUUCGUCUACUUCCUGAGAGUCAGAUCUGCCCCACGAUGGUUUUGUCACGGCGUGAUAAGACCAGACUAGCAACGCCGCGGCCUUUUUCAGUCGGAUGCCCUCCAGAAGGUCGAACUGCGGCUCCCCGCGUUCCUCUCGCAGCAGCAGCAUGGGGCGCGCUCCAGGGCGCCACAGCCUAAAUUCAAUCGAUCGGUCGAUGUGCCGGAGGCUGCAGAGGGGAGAAGGCAGGGCCACAGUGCCUGUCCUUUACAUUUUUUUCAUGUUCCCCCAGAGCUUCCUUUCCCUUUAGGUUGUUAUUGUGCAGUUUGACUAAUUUCAUAGACUGGAAAUGGCAAAAGGUCCAUCUUUUCCUCUUUCACUUUCUCCUUACCUGCUGGCAGAAGUCCUUGAAGCCAAGGAUUUGCCCAGGAAAACAAAAUAAGAAGUUUGAGAUUUCAGUGGAAAUAAUGUAUGCUUGGGAUUUGAUCUGAUUUGAAAAAGGCACUUACUAGUAUGUUGCAAUUCACAAUUAGGCAGUGAGGUUUUUGCUGUUGUAAAAGCACAGAGAUGUGGGUAAACUACUUCUGUGUCAUUACCAGGCACUAGGAAGUCUGCAUGUUUAAGUCUAGGUCAGUGUUUCUCAACCUUGGGUGCUUGAAGA